AACUUCCACAGGUUAGUUCCGCAGCUCAGAUCGAUGGAGUCAGUGAGGGGCCCGACAGCUGAAGACUGUUCCCCGGUCAGCGAGCUCUCCUUCGGCCUGCAGAACCUCCAGUGUCAGGACGGUCUGAGUCCAAAGAGCUCGGCCCCCUGGAGAAAGCUUGUUUUGACGCCUGAAUGCUCCAGUCCGCCGCGCUACACUCUCUCAAGGGACAUAGAGACGCCGACAGUCUCUGCAGUGAGAAGACAGCGAGCAAGAAGCCUGUCACCCGAGUCCUCUUCAAACACGGCCAUGUGUCAGUGGAGGGAGCGUCCCGACUCUCCUGCCGAUGAAGAGACUGAGCGAGCCUUUAAGCGUCUGCGAGUGCGUCUGUCCAGCAGAUUCUGCUCCGCUGAAGAGGCAGAGUUAGCGGGCAGGAGCCGGAGGCAGUGCCGCAGUGACCCAGAAGAGGACGCCAGUGUCCCGCGACAGACGCACGCGCUCCACCCAACGGCCGUUGAGAGGUUCAGUCAGCUGAGGUCACGGCGGGAAGCCCCGCCCACACACGUCACUCAUGAUGACGUCGCUGACCUCACACUCAUUGGGGACUUCAGUAAGCAACACCUGCUUCCUGUUGAGAGAGCCGGCCAUCGGGAGCUUCACUGUGUCAGCGCACAAACCGUGGCGUCUCUGAUCAGAGGUCAGUUUGGUCCUGCAGUCGAGGACUUCCUCAUCGUCGACUGUCGUUACCCCUACGAGUACCAAGGAGGACACAUUAAGGGCGCAGUGAACCUGUACACAGAGUCUCAGAUCCAGCAGGCGGUUCAUCAGGAUCAUCCGUCCGACUCACUCCCGGAGGACGAGGGGUCAUCGCCACGUAAACUGAUAGUGUUCCACUGCGAGUUCUCAUCGGAACGAGGACCACACCUGUGUCAGUAUCUGAGGAGGCUGGACAGGUGUGUCAAUGCUCAGGUGUAUCCGAACCUGCACUAUCCUGAGCUCUACUUGCUGCUGGGGGGUUACAAACACUUCCAUGCCUCCUAUCCGGAUCUGUGUGAGCCCUGCGGUUACGUGCCCAUGCGUCAGCGCGAGUACCGGGAGCAGCUUCACGGAUUCCGCAGGAGAAGACCCACACGGCAGCGAAGACGACGGCCAAUCAGAAUACAUCAAAGAACGACGCGUUAAAUGUUAUGUAUAUAUAUAUUUAUUUGUAUGAUCUUUCAUGUACAUCUUUCAAGUCAACUACACUGUAGGCCACUUAAUAAAGUAUUUC